AUGUCAGCAAAAAUUGACAAAACAAACGUCACGGAUGAGAAGGAACGGGAGUUCACGUCGGAUGAGGUCAGGGAUCACGACGAGAGGGACUCCCUGUGGGUGAUCGUGGACGCCGGCGUCUACGACGUGACCCGUUUCAUAGACGACCACCCGGGGGGUGAGGAUGUGCUAAAAGAGUUCGGGGGAAGGGAUGCCUCCCAGCGGUUCCUAGAAGUCGGACACUCGGCCGACGCCCACGAGUUGAUGAAAAAGUACAGAAUCGGACGGGUUGUGGACUACGACGAUACCGAUGUUCCCGACGGCACCGACACCUCGGCCCCGGAGUACAGCGAAGGUGUGGGUUGGCUGCCACUGAUGGCCGGCCUAUGCGCCAGUGUUAUCGCCUAUUAUGUCCUCAAUUAUGUGUUUUAA